AUGCUGCUGGAGACAGUGCAAACACAGGGUAAAAAUCAGCACCUGCUGUCACAGCUUUGCAAUCUGAACAGACAAAACGCAGAGAGACCGAAGGCACAAAAAGGUGAAAAGCCUGAUCCAAGCAGACAUCUUGGAAUAUACUACAUAGAUACUUUUUUUUUUCUUUUCUCCUCAGAAAUUUUUCCAAGAGAUUCCAGUCUAAAAGACAAGUUCAUAAAACAUUUUACAGGACCAGUCACAUUUUCAUCAGAGUGUAGCAAGCACUUUCAUCGACUGUAUCACAACACAAGGGACUGCUCAACACCAGCCUAUUAUAAAAGGUGUGCAAGGUUGCUAACAAGAUUAGCAAUGAGUCCUUUGUGUACACAGUCCUAG